GUUUGUUUUUAUCUUAUAACUGCCUGAAAGUUGCUGGACAACGAAUUUAUCGCCAGGUGAGCACAAGAUGGUGGACCGGCUAGCGAACAGCGAGGCCAACUCCAAGCGCAUCGCAUUGGUGGAGAACUGCUUUGGAGCAGCAGGCCAACCGCUUGCCAUCCCGGGCCGUGUGCUGAUUGGUGAGGGUGUCCUCACCAAGCUCUGUCGUAAGAAGCCUAAGGCGCGGCAGUUCUUCCUCUUCAAUGACAUCCUGGUCUAUGGAAACAUUGUGAUCCAGAAGAAGAAGUACAACAAGCAGCACAUCAUCCCCCUGGAAAGUGUUACAAUAGACACGGUGCCAGACGAGGGUGACCUGCGCAAUGGCUGGCUCAUCAAGACACCUACCAAGUCCUUUGCUGUGUACGCCGCCACGGCCAGCGAGAAGUCCGAGUGGAUGAACCACAUUGCCAAGUGCGUCGGGGACCUGUUGGAGAAAAGUGGCAAGGCGCCCAGUGGCGAGCACGCCGCUGUUUGGGUGCCCGAUUCUGAGGCCACAGUGUGCAUGCGCUGCCAGAAGGUGAAAUUUACGCCAGUGAGCCGCCGGCACCACUGCAGGAAGUGUGGCUUCGUGGUCUGCGGGCCAUGCUCAGAGAAGAAGUACCUCCUGCCCAGUCAGUCAUCCAAGCCUGUUCGCGUCUGCGAGUACUGCUAUGUGCAACUAACGACAGGCGGGGCAUUCGCGCCACGCUCGGACUCCAUCAGUCGGCCGGGAUCAAAGUUUAACACCAAUAACGUGUCGGACGACGAGGACGAGGAUGACAGCAGUGACUGAGUCCCACUCCCUCACAUAGGCUUCCCCCAUCCCCUCAUACAGAGAAGAACAUGCUGUUGAUCUGUUCUAAAGACCUAGCUCUGGAAUCUUUCUGUUUAUGUGGCUCUGGAAUCGACAAUUGAGGUUGAAGUCAAAACGCUGCAGUGCUUUGUUUGGAAUGACAUUCUCCUUGGCUGAUGUAUUUUUCUAUAUUAUUCAUUUUUCUCUCUUUGAAUGAAGCCAGGAUAACAAGGCAUAGUGAUUGGUUGAGUCAACAACACAGCACCAAGAAUUGUUUGACUGCCCUUAGCGGUCAAUCCUCUUACCCCGCACCUAAUCAGUUUGCACACUUCCCAAGACGAUGGUGUUAAUAGGAAAUAAUGACAAAUACUCCCGCCCUCCAUGCUCUCCUCAAGUUUCAUCUUCAUAUAUGUUCCCCAUCAAGCUUUUGUUUUUUUUCCUGUACUUUUUUUGUCCAUAAACCAUAUGAGGUAAUUGCUCAGAUUUUCUGCAAGGUAAAGCAAAUGUUUGGCUGCACUAUUCUAGUGUCUGUUUAGUGUCCUUAAGGUGUUUUAUCAAAUAGUACCUUUUUUUUUUCUUUUAUAAAAAAAAAUUUUUUUGGGCUCCUCUGUAGCCAAAUGAUUAGAGCUCAUACCACUUGGUCACAAUGUCGCCAGUUCGAAUCUAGCCGGCGACCUUUGUUGCACGUCAAACCCCUCUCUGUCUCCCUCAUUUUCUGUCUACCUCUUCACUGCACUGUCUAAUAAAGGUAAAAUACCAAAAAAAAAAUUUUUUUUUAAAGUCAAUUUUGUUUCUUUUUUGAAGCAGAUCCUCUGGUUUUGUCCUUCACUUUUUGCUAUAAUUUUCAUUCACAAAAAAAACCCUUUAACCCCCACCCUCCUCCGCUUUUGUCCUUGACCACAUUGCUCCCGACAAAUCAAAAGGCUUUGUUAUGGUUGUGUACUCACACUUUUCACAGAGCGUUUGUCUCUGGAUACUGCCACUGCUAAGCUAACUAACACCCCUGAACUUCAGGGAAAGUUACAGUUAGCUUUUUACCACUUCUGUCACCCAUUGACUUGGCCUUCACCCAUACUGUCAUGUAGUGCGUUGGUAGAAAGUGAGAUGGACUUAGUGAGAAGGACCUGUUUGUUUCUGAAGUUAGUUUGCAGAAACACAGAGCUGUGAUGGAUCAUUGUUAAAAGGCAUUACAGGGGACAGGGUUCCAGAGAGCUGGGGGACGUCUUGUGAGCUUGUUGAGUUACCUCUGUGUACUGUGAAACAAUGGGAGAUAAUCUCCAACCAAAUGCUUUUAAGUUUGACAGUGACUGUUUCUACCUUUUUAACAGGAAAUUAGCAAUCAUUUAGAAGUCCAAUGGUACUCUACAAUCUUUUCGAUGUAUUAAACAACUUGUCAGUCGGAUUUAGCAGCCACUGUUGCUAAUACAGAGGUUAGACUACCUGAACUCCCAAAUUUCCACAGAAGCCUUACCAUAAUCUGCAUUUCUAAAGGAUUAUAUGGGCCAAAGAGGGAUAGGCUGUGUGACCAGAAGAAGGGGUGUAUAGGU